GCAUUUUCAGUAAAUACUACUGCAAAGAAGGAGACGAAAGUGUUGAAAGUCAUGUCUCCUGUUGAUUGGUUGCUCUUCUUAAAACAUGCAAGAUCACCAACCUGGGAAUAUGCGAGUCUUCACCCAAGGCUGAAAUUGUCUGGUGAUCACCUUGUAGUAAAAUGUAAUUGAAGGAGGAUAUUAUACCCCUGUGGUCCCCAGAGAUCCAAUAAGUUAUGGCAAGUCCUAAGCAGAGAUGCAUUCCUCUCUGGGAGCCAUUGCUGGGAAGCUGACCUGCUUCAUGCUGGAGCAGAAUGGUGGAUUGGCGCAGCCUACUUACUGGUCUGGAACAGAGCAUCUUGGUGCCUUAAGAAGUUUGAUUUUGAAUACUGGUCAUUUCAGAAGGGGAAGAGAAUCCCCAUCCUGAUAGAAGAUUACCCUGAUCGCACUGGCACCUUUUUGGAUUAUGAAGCAGGAAUCCUUCCAUUCUCAAAUGUUAAUGACAGCAUGGCUUAUUUGCACACCUUCUGCUGCAACUUCACAGAACCAGUUUACCUAGCCUUCAGGCUCUGGGAAAGGUCUAUUGGAAUAUGCAAACUAACAUAA